GCACGCCACAAACCCAUGCUGAGUCUUGGUGCGCCUUCGCCCUUCACACGUCGCGUUUGGCUUGUGCCACCCGCCGUUUCCCAAGUCCCCUCAACCGCCACCGCCCAGAACACCACCACCAACGACUCCGUCGCCAAUAAAUCUCGCCCCGACGCGUCGCUCCCCUCUAUAUGGACGACCGAUCCUCCGCAACACCCGAAAUCGCCGCAAUUUGUCGCGUCCCCCCCGCCGAGAUGGCCGACCUGCUCGCGCUGGACUCUGAGUCCAGCUUUGCUGGCGCGCCGACAGACUCGAGCUCCAACGCCGCGUCCUUGAGCUCAACACCGCCCACCAGCGUCUCCGACAGCAUCAGCCUGGCCUCGGAGCCCCAGAAACCAGAAAUUGAGACGGUAAUUGCCCUGCUGGAGCAGCCUAGUAUCAUCUCCGUCCCCGGCGCCGACGCCGAGCGCGCCACCCCCCUCAUCGAUGCCGUCCGCUCCCAGACCCCCUGCCAAGAACCCACGCCCACGCGUCCCCGUCGCUCUCGCGCCUCAGCACCAGUCUAUAACAUUGCGAAGCUGAGCGGAACCGACCGACAUGCAAGGCGGCGCUCAAAAGGAGACGUGGUCAGGGAUGGGCCAAGGGGAACCGUCCUGGCGUCGCAAGCCGCCAUCGAUGCUGUAUUUGUCGCCCCUGAGCCUGCAGAGGAGAACGAGAUAGUGGUUGAGCACCUUGGGGACACCACCAAUGACGCUGCCACAUCUCUGGACCGCGACUGGUCCGUCGAUCGCCUCAACACCCCCAAGUCAGUUCGAACACAGCCCCGCAGAGAGACCGCAAAGUCCGCAUCAAGAAUCGCGACUAGAAAGUCAAUCAAGACUUCGACCCCGGAAAUCUCGCGCAGGUCGACCCGCCUGUCGGGCCCAGUGACCGAGUCGCUGGCCACCCAACUCGCCAACAUGGGCAAGCGCGCGCGCAAGGCCUUUGAGCAGACACACCCCACCAUCCUCAGAGAGUUGAAGCGACUAGCAGACACGAAGGAGUUUGCCAAGGUUGAGGACGAGCCGGUUCUGCAAACUGUCUGGCGCAAUGGAAAGUUCUAUGAUCCCAGAGUCGCUGCCGCUGAGGAGAAGGCCAAGGCCGAGGCCGCCAAGCAGGCAAAGGCUGAGCUGGAGAAACAGGCCAGUCUCGAUGCGCAAGAGGACCUGUCGCGCAAGAAGGCGCAGGCGCAGGCGGACGCUGACGCCGCCGAUGCGUCUGCAAAAUUAGAGAGACGUCCCAAGAAGUGGCUGGAGAAGGGCCUCUAUGCUGGACAGGAUGCGCCGCGCGACCCCCUUGCCGGUCUCUCGGGCGCCGACAAGAAACUGCUUUCCCAGCUACCAGAGUUUUCGGAACCUGUGCUUUCUAAUACGGCCCUGCCGUUCCCCAUGUUUGGCGGCCUCCGUCUUUUGCUCGGUGGCCGCGACUUCAAACUCCCCUUCGAUGUGUGCCACCCCUUGAUGGACCAGCCAAAGCCCAAGGAGUGGCGCAAGAUUACGAAGAGUCGGUUCGUGGGCGAUUCACUGUCCUACUGGAAGAAAAAUACGUACUACGACCGCUCGGUGUGUGUAUGCACGCCCGCCGACGGCUGCGGUGAGCACUGCCUGAACCGCUCAGUCCUGUACGAAUGCAACGAGGGGAACUGCAAUGUCGGCCGCGAGCUCUGCAAGAACCGUGCAUUCCAGGAUUUGCAGGACCGCACCAAGACGGGCGGCAGCUACCGUGUCGGCGUCGAGGUGUACCACACGGGCGACCGUGGCUUCGGGGUCCGCGCGAACCGCUGCUUCGAGCCUGGCCAGAUUAUCAUGGAGUACGCCGGUGAGAUCAUCACAGAGGAAGAGUGUGACCGCCGCAUGAAUGAGGUCUACAAGGACAAACAGUGUUACUAUCUGAUGUCGUUCGACCAGAACAUGAUUCUCGAUGCUACUACUGGCAGCAUCGCGAGGUUUGUAAACCAUUCGUGUUCUCCAAACUGCCGCAUGAUCAAAUGGAUCGUCUCGGGCGUGCCCAGGAUGGCCCUUUUUGCUGGCGACCGCCAGAUCCAGACCGGAGAUGAGCUCACAUACGACUACAACUUCGACCCCUUUUCCGCUAAGAACGUGCAAAAGUGUCUUUGCGGUAGCAACAACUGCCGUGGCGUGCUCGGGCCCAAGACGCGAAACGACAAUGCCAAGAAGGCGGCGGCGGCGGCGGCGGCAGCGGCGAAGGACUCGGUUGGCGCCAAGGUCAAGGCGGGUAAGCGCAAGAUCAAGGAGCUGCUGAGUGCCCCUGGCGACGAUGAGUCCGAAACCGCUAGCAUGAAGAAGCGAAAGCUGCAGGCUGGAGAGGGCCUCAAGCGCUCGCUCUCGUCGGCGAGCCUGAAGGUUACCCAGGGAGCCGCCAAGCUCAAGCGCAGCGUGUCAUCCAUCACCGUUACUACCACGAAGGCGGCCGUAGCGCUCAUGACGGGCUCAUCAUCUGCGAGCACAUCUGGCACGCCUCGCUCGGGCAAGGGGAGCAUCAAGAAGUCGGUGACGCGCCGCGCCAGCACGUCAACGCUGCUCAGCAAGGUCAUGAAAAACAAGGGCUCGCCCAGGUCCAAGGCAAAGACAUCGUCAGCGAGCUCGGUCGGCAAGAGGAAUUCGGCCCCGGUACUUAAAAAUUCAGAAACCAUCGUGGCUGCCACGCCCACGGGAGGGAAGGGGAGAGCCACGAAGGCCAAGACGCCAUCGUCGCGCAGGAAGAGCGGGAAGGGCGAGAUUGAAGUCAGGGUUCGCGAGCCUGCAGCCGGCUCACCGCGCAGUCGUAAGCCCUCGGCCAAAGCACUUGCCGCAGCGGCGGACGAGAUCAACGUGGCUUCGUCGGCGCUCAGGCCCACAUCGGGUGGCGGCGUGAAAAAGAACCGGAAGACGACGUCUCCUAGCGCCAAAACGAAGGCCGUAGCGUCCAAACUCACAAGAACCAAGUCGAUGAGGCAGACUUUGGUCUCGGCCUUUUCCGGAGCGCGCAAGACCACGGGAUCAUGGCGGCGCAAGAGCACCCGGAGCACCGUCAGCGAGGAGGACGCAUAUGCGAUCCCCUCCACCCCAGAGCCCGAGGAGGCGGACCACGAGCCAGCACAAAUGCCUCGGUCUCCUCCAGCCGCCGGCCGCAGCGGGAUUGACAUUAGGGCUCGCUACGCGCAGGUCCGUUUGGUGCCCAAGGACGAUGACGAGUGAACGCCACCUGUCGAUGGGAGCAGAAGAGAGGCCCAGAGAUGGCAGGCAUUGGCCGGCGCCCGCCUCGAUUUGAGAGGCACCGCAAGGCACCGCCCACAUCGAGAGCCCGCACGUCCUAGAUAACUCGGGUGGCCAGGCCUGUUGUAUCACAGCGACCUUACUCUGCUAGGAUUCAACCUCCUGACAAGGUCCGCUGCGUGACGUGUCGCCUUUUGCUGCGUCAUUGUUCAACAGCCGUGAAGGAAGCCGUGCCGCCACUGGUUGGCCAACUUACGUCGAGUGCAGCGGAUAUGAGGUGGAUAUACUAUUAUCUAAUUUUUCGCAACUUUUGUUUCUUGCUUGGGGAAUAGCCUCGUCUCAUCUGUAGUUUAGCUUUCUCUGGUUUUGACAGCUGGCACUGGCGCACUAUCUUUAUUGAUCUUGGUUUUAUUUUUUGUCCUUUUCACCCCCCCUUUUUUUUGUUUUCGUCUCCUUUGAGUGGUGAUCCGCUGUCUCCUUCCGUCUGGGCUGUUGCGGAAAAAAGGAGGGCUUGGGAGGGGUGGAAAUGUCUCAAAGGGUGGUACAUGCGCGGAUCUCUGGGCUGGCCACUUUGGGCAUCAAAUAGGUCGAGGGGGCGAUAGAAAGUCCGUUUUCAAGUGCCUGAGUAGCGUGAUGAUGUGCCUAUCCC